AUGGACCCCUCUGGCUCCCUCACCCUGGAUCAAGUGACCCAGUCUCUCAUCAAUGAUGUCAACAUAUUAACAGAUUAUCUUGUGUCUGCUGGACACCCAUUGCCCUCGACUGAUCGUGACACGCCUAUUUUUACUUUGCCUGACGAUGCUCCCUCCAGCGCACAUCUGGCCCGGUACCGCAUUCUUGACCAAGCUCAAAGUCUCCUACAACUGGCCGCUGGCCCCAGCGAGUACCUCUCAUACCUACAGACAGAUUACCAGGAUAUUGGCUGCUUGCGUUGGCUUUGCCAAUAUGGCAUCUUCAGUCUGGUUCCGUUACAAGGGGCUAUAGGUUACGCCGAUCUUGCUGCUCAAGCCAAGGUCUCCGAAGUCAAACUGAAAAGCGUCGUGCGUAUGGCGAUAACUAACGGGUUGUUCGUCGAAGAGUCGCCAAAUAAUCUCGCUCAUUCAGCCAGAUCAGCGCUGUUACAAACAAAUCCCUCUUUCCACGACUGGGCUAGCUUUUCAAUGGAUGCCGGCGCUCUCUGCGCAUUUUUUAUGGUUGACGCAGACAGAAAGUGGCCGGAUCUUGUUGAUACAUGUCAUACAGCGUUUAAUAUCGCCUGUUCAACUGACCUGCCUUUCUUCAAGUAUAUCGGUGAGAACUCUGAGAGACAUCGUCAAUUUUCUGGGUUUAUGCGUGCAAUGACAAGCGGUCAAGAUGUACACCUCAAUCAUCUUGUGAAUGGCUGGAAUUGGGAUAAAUUGGGACAAGCACUGGUGGUUGACCUGGGUGGCUCAACUGGCCAUGCUUCUAUUGCGUUGGCCCGGAAAUUCCCUGACCUGACAUUCAUUGUCGAGGAUUUGCCAGAGGUGAUAGCCGGGGGGCCUAAAUAUCUUGCAUCUCAGGAGGAUGCUCAGAGCCUCCGCACCCGUGUUUCUUACAAAGCGCAUAGCUUCUUCGACCCACAGCCAGUACAAGAUGCUGACGUCUACUUCUUUCGAAUGGUGAUGCAUAACUGGUCGGAUGAUGACUCAGUGCGCAUUUUGACGCACUUGGUGAAAAUUCUCAAACCGGGGGCAUGCAUUCUCAUCAUGGACGUCGUGCUUCCAGAUCCAGGGACCAUGCCAGCAUCCAAAGAGCGCCUACUACGUGUGCGAGAUUUGAAUAUGCUGCAGGUAUUCAAUAACCCUGAAAGGCACAUAGAGGGUUGGAAGGCUAUCUUUAGUCGGGUUGAUAAGCGGCUGGUGGUGAAAGAGGUUGGGCAGUCCGCUGGAAGCGUGUUGUCAAUCAUUGAGCUUAGCUUGGAGGACUAG